AUGUUCACAGUAGCUUCGCUACCAUCGCAAGAAGGAAAAGUUUUCAUCGUAACAGGAGGAAAUGCAGGAAUUGGCUUCAUAACAUGUCUGAACCUCGCCGCCAAAGGAGGCAAGGUCUAUCUCGGUGCUCGGUCGGAAGAGAAAGCGAUGAGAGCAAUCCAAAAAAUAAAGGAUACACACCCGGAAGCAGUAUUGAUUCCUCUUGUCAUGGACAACAGCCGCUUGGCAACCAUUGUAGCGGCAGCGAAAACUUUCACAGCCCAGGAGGCAACCCUCAAUGGCUUGAUACUCAACGCGGGUGUCAUGGCCGUUCCGUUCUCGACAACACCUGACGGGUACGAAAUCCAAUGGCAAGUAAACUACUUGGCUCAUUGGCUUCUAGCCCAUCAUUUGACACCAACUCUUCUUUCGACAUCACUUUCACAAGGAAAAGGCGCCUCACGGGUGGUUUGCGUAUCCAGUGAAGGACAUCAAAAGUCAUCCUUUAGCGUCGACAAAAUCAUCUAUGGUAACGACGCACUCGAGAAAUUCGGACCAUUUGGUCGAUACGGCGUUUCCAAGCUGGGAAAUGUCCUUCAUUCGGUAUCUCUCAACAAUGCGUACGGACCAGAAAGCCCAAGCGCAAAGGCAGGAAAGGGAGAGAUCUGGACGGCUUCUCUUCAUCCUGGAUUUAUCGAUACCGAGUUGAAUGAGAAGAAUCGAGAUAAUGCGCCCUGGUAUUUGAGUUGGCUCUACUAUGUACUCAAAUGGGUCAAGGUCAUCCGACCGGUGCAGGAAGGCUGUGUGAGUAGUAUUUUUGUUGGAGCCAGUGAUUAUUUUCUGCCAGAGAUGAGUGGGAGGUAUUUUGAUGAGUAUGCGGGCUUAAAAGAAGCCAACGCUGCUAGUAAAGAUGAGAACGAAGUCAAAAGACUAGAGGAGUGGACGCGGGAGCAAAUGGCGAACGACGGGUUUUUGUAA